ACCGGCUCGUCCUCUCAUUUAAAAACCGACCUGUGAGUCUGACCAUCUGUACAAAAGCCCCGAGAGACUGGAGGACGUUUUUUCUGCAUAUCUGAGGUGGAAAUCAGCUUCUGUCCUGCUCCUGCUGCUUCAUCCACGCGCCACCAUGACGCGCAACGCUGAUCUUAUUCUCAUUUUAACGUCAUUUUUGCUGGCCUGCACCGCCGCACGUGCAUCCAUCUUCUGCACCUGGACCAAAAUUUUCCUCGAGGGAAAUGUGCAUUUGGGUUUUGUUCAGGAAGACCCCCGGCAGAGCCCCCCGUCCCUGCGGCUGUACCACAGCGCCUGGAGCGCAGAGCGCACUCUGCUCGGAUGCACGUGGAGCGAUGACGCGCAGCUGAUCCAGAGUUACCUGUCUCUGUGCCGGGAGCGCAAACAGGGAUUUCUGGAUCACCCGCUUGUAAAUCUGGAUUGGGGCUCCUUGUUUGAGGGAAACCAGUGCGUCUCUUUGACCUCUCCGGGGUUCAUGGUGCGCGCCGAGAAGAGACGCGCGAGGAGCGUUGUUGGUGCAGGUGAAGAUGAGAGCUCAGGUGUCACAUCUCACCGUGUCAAGCGCGGCUUCAUCGUGCCGGGGACUUUGUGGUGCGGUUCUGGGAACAAGGCGCCAUCUUUUCAAGAUUUGGGGGUUUUCUCAAACACAGACGGCUGCUGCCGGGAACACGACCAGUGCAAGCACACCAUCCUGUCCUUUCACUCCCAGUUUGGCGUCUUCAACAGCAACAUUUUCACCAUGUCUCACUGUGACUGCGAUAACAAGUUCCGCAGCUGUCUACAGGAGGCCAACGACAGGAUAUCUGGUGUGGUGGGAUACACCUUCUUCAACCUGCUGAAGAUGCACUGCUUCACCUUCUCCCACCAACUGCAGUGUGCUCAGAGAAACUGGUUUGGAAUGUGUAAAGAGACCCAGGUGGCGCUGUACGCCGACGUCCAUCCGCCCACCGUGUUCGAGUCCGCCGAGCCGACUGACCACUGCGGCAACAGCUCAUGCUACAACACCAGCUCCACCUCAGCUCCAAAACUCCCAGAGAUCACAAUUUCAGAACCGGUCAAACACCAGGCCGCCACUGGGCAAUAUGCUGAUGUCACAGGGUCAUGUAGCAUCUACAAAGAACUCGACAGAUGUAAGAACCUGAUCCUCCCGCAGCAGAGCAAGUACGGCCUCCACAACGCAGAGCCGAGGACGCUGUAUCCUUGCAACUGUACUGCCAGAUUAUUCCAGGCCUUGGCUCAGCAGACACAGAUGAGCGGAGUGCAGGCUCUGCUGCUGGAGCACGUGUCCCUGUCCUGCUUUCUGCUUCGGGACUGCAGAGAAGGCAACACCUGUGCUGCGACUGUGGUGACACCAGGGCUGCCUCAGCCGGAGCAGGGGAGGAGCGGUGAAGAUGUGGAGGAGCAGCGCCACCUGCAGGCAGUGAUGCUUAAGGUCAGGAGGACCAACCAAAGGAGGGCCAAGAGGAAAGACAGACCUGUGAGGCUUUUCAAGCUCUGUCUCAGGAUGACUCGCCCAGACGGACCAAGAAAGCCCGGAAACAGGGACACGAUACACAGCAGCCAGCCGUGAGCGCAUGAGGGAUUAUCUGCAGGGGGGGUUGUUACGGGGAAAACAAGUGUUCAGCAUCUGACAGAAAGAAAGACUUUGUGACUUUGUGAAAUACCGUAGUCCAAAUUCUUUAGAAUAAUAAAGACACAAGGAAGUUGAAUUCUCCAUAACAAAGCCCAUAUUUGAUGCAACUGAUUUGUUGUCCCGAACCAAGCACUUUGGGUCCCAGUUAAAAUUGCACUAUUAUGUAUUUAUGCACUUAAUAUCACAGGUGCAUCUCGUAACGUUAAUAAUGGCUGGACGGUGGAGAAGGAGGUCCGGUCCUCUUUGCUUGGCCUGCUGUUACUGCAACCCGAACCCGGACACGUGGAAGUUAAUGGAUAUAUUGAGUCGUGUCUCUGCAUUUGCAGACAGAUCUGGAUGUUUGAAAGGAAAAAUAGAUAUUUUUCUUUUGAUUUUAUGUACCAAAAAAAAGGAACGUGAUCAUUUUUGAUUUUUCUUUUAAUUUAUAAAAAGAAGAGUUUCUGUGGAGCACAAUUCAAAAAGCAAAUACAGUAUAAAUUAGUGGUCUGGAAUACACUAAUACGUUUAAAGGAGGAGAUGAUGUCUAGACGAGAGUUUGACCUCCGAUCUCAGACUGACCCAGUAAAAUCAUGGCCGUCAUCCAGGUCUGAGCACAUACUACACUUUUGUAUAAUAUUGUAUAACUUGUGGAUUUCUUGAAGUUUUUUUUUCCGAAUAGCAAUAAAAAAGGUUGGAAGAAAAUUGUAAAUACCUGUAUAGAAGAAGUGUGGUUUAUGAGCCGAGAAAUAAAUGUGACCAAUUAAAACUGAAGUUGCUUUUUUCAUUCUUUAUGCAAUUUUCAGUAGAUGAAGGAUUAAGAUUAGAAA